GUGAAGGAUGAGUCCACUUACAUGGGAGAUGAAGCUUAGAGCAAAAACGUGGCCAGAGAGGCACGGAAGGCACCUUUUUGUGAUUACAAAAGUCGUUGGAAGACUAUUUCCAGGAGACAGAUUUCUAUAGCAGAGCUUUCCUCCUUUUCCGUUUCUUGGUCUGGUUAUUCUGCGUUCGGAGCUGCCGUGAAAACAUUUGAACAAGGACUGUGGUCCAUAAAGACAAUUAUGUCCGUUGGAAUCGAUAUUAGUUCUGACUUUUCACUAGUUAGUAUGUCUAAAAUAGGUUAGUCCAGAAUUGAAAGGGAGUGGGGAGAUGGGGAGGGGCUGAGAGGGAGUGUCCUAGCAUAGAAGAGGCUAAUUUCAAAGCAAGAAGCUUCAAGGACCUGCCAUCUCCAUUCUUGUGCUUGGCAAGUCUGGCACGGGGAACUAGCACGGCUAGGGUUGCGAUCACUUCUUUGGCAGAGAAAAGCUUGCCGCGGGAUGCACCAGGGACAGCCUUCGGUCCGAAGCCUUAGAAUGCGACCAGCCCUCGGGCUAGAGGGCGGUAACUGCACAGUCACCCGAGCUUUAGAGCCCUCCGGCGGCGCUCAGCUGGAGGCGUGCCAAACUGUGCAUCCGGGACUCUCGCCUUCGCACCCGGCUCGCGCGGCUGUCAAUCAGCAUCCCCAGCCCGCCCCUCCCGGAGUUGAACCAACCGUAGCCCGCAGUCGGGGGUGAGGCACCCUUGCGGGGUCAGGGAGCGGGAAGGCACGGCCUGGCGUCGCGGCCACCUUUCGGAGUGCCUGCAUCCCCUCGCGGACAGCGAGCGGCGGCAGGUGGAACCGGGGAGAUUAUUGCCAUAUUUCCUAUAAAGAAUCACACUGGUCUGGUGGUCGUCUCCCUUCCCCAAUUGCCUUUAUUUAUCAUUUGGAACAUCAGGAUGCAGUUGGUUGUGGCUGGACCCCCUAGACCUUGUCUUUCCCUGCCUGGGUUGAUAAAGUUCUGUACUCUGUUACUGAGAAAGGAAAUGAAAGAAUAGGUCACCGAGGAAGGGAUGGCAGUCCCCAGUGCCCUAGAAUGGGGUUGUCCUGAGAGGACAUGAUGCACUUAAUACAGUGUUAUCGAAGUGAUUACUUCCCCAUCUACCAUGCAGACUCAGUGAAUGCAUUGGGUCUUGCUUUGGCACACCUGGCUACAUACGGUUUAGAGCUUUCAGAUUACUGACAGAAUAGAAACCAGUUCAACUGACUACUCAUCCAGCAGCUCAGAAAAACAAAGAUGGAGUUUUGAGCGAUGAUGGUAGCAUGGUGUCGGCCAUGGGUGAUCAGGAUACAGCUGGACAAUGUGGACCAAUUUCUUCAAACUACGGCUUUUCUGCUGUCUGCUUGCAGUGCUGAUGGUGGCGGCACUGGUCGUCAAUAUCACUCAGGUGGAGUACUUGGACCAUGAAACUAUAUCAGCCACGUUCAUCGACAGCAGUGGACAGUUUAUUUCCUCACAGGCUACAGGCAUUAGUCGGAAUCCCUACUGUGGCUAUGAGCACCAGACUCUGUCCAGUUGGGAACGCAUAGAAGAAGAUAACUUGUUGGCUGCCUUGCAGUGGCAGGUGCCUGACGUGGGCCUGGUCCCCUUUGUGAAGAGCACAGACCCUGCCUCCAGUUACUUUGUAAUCUUGAACUCUGCAGCCUACUUCAGGGUGGGAAGUCAGCUGGAGGUGCUGGUUCAUGUACAGGAUUUUCAAGGAAAGCCCAAGAAGUAUGGAGGAGACUACUUGCAAGCCAGAAUUCACUCCCCUAAGCUGCAGGCGGGGGCUGUGGGCAGGGUGGUAGACUACCAGAAUGGGUUUUACAAGGUAUUUUUUACUUUGCUGUGGCCGGGUAGAGUUAGAGUAUCCAUUUCUCUGGUUCACCCCAGUGAAGGGAUCAGAGUUCUGCAGCACCUACAGGAAGAGAAACCAGACAGGGUCUAUUUCAAGAGUCUCUUCCGUUCAGGAAUAAUUUCUGAAACAACUGAGUGCAAUGUAUGUCUUCCUGGGAGUCUUCCACUGUGCAACUUUACGGAUCUCUACACUGGGGAGCCCUGGUUCUGCUUCAAACCAAAGAAGCUUCCUUGCAGCAGCAGAAUCAACCAUUUCAAAGGUGGAUACCUGAAGGGCCUUCUAACCGAUGCAGACAGUGCUUUCUUCCAGAGUGGUGUCAAUAUCAAAAUGCCAAUCAACUCCAGUGGACCUGACUGGGUGACUGUGAUUUCCAGGGGAAUGAAAGCAAUUGACAACUUAGAACUCUCUCAAGACUCAGGAACUUUUCCUUCUGGGUAUUUCUACAAAGACCAGUGGAGGCCCAGAAAGUUUAAAAUGCGCCAGUUUAAUGACCCUGACAACAUUACAGAAUGCUUGCAAAGAAAAGUGGUGUAUUUAUUUGGUGACUCAACAAUCAGGCAGUGGUUUGAAUACCUUACUACAUUUGUUCCAGAUUUAGUGGAGUUUAAUUUGGGUAGUCCCAAGAAUGUGGGACCCUUCCUUGCAGUGGAUCAGAAACACAACAUCCUGCUCAAAUAUCGCUGCCAUGGCCCACCCAUCCGCUUCACCACUGUCUUUAGCAGUGAGCUCCAUUAUGUGGCAAAUGAGCUCAAUGGGAUUGUGGGAGGGAAGAACACUGUGGUUGCCAUAGCUAUAUGGUCUCACUUUAGUACAUUCCCCUUGGAAGUGUAUAUUCGGAGGCUCAGGAACAUCCGACGAGCAGUGGUCCAACUCCUAGAUCGAAGCCCAAAGACUGUGGUUGUCAUCCGGACAGCCAAUGCCCAAGAGCUGGGGCCUGAGGUGAGCCUUUUUAACAGUGACUGGUACAACUUCCAGCUGGACGUUGUCCUUCGGAGGAUGUUCUCAGGGGUUGGAGUAUAUCUUGUCGAUGCCUGGGAGAUGACCUUGGCCCAUUAUCUACCCCACAAGCUGCAUCCAGAUGAAGUGAUUGUGAAGAACCAGUUGGACAUGUUCUUGUCUUAUGUGUGCCCUUUGGAGACCUAGCAACCCUCAACGACACCAGAGGAAUCACAAUCAGCGAUCUGCAGUAUAGAAAAAGUUUUGUGUUUGGCCCCAUUGUGAGAUGGACAUUAUUAAUACGUUUAAAAUUUCAAAACAGAGCUGUGCUUUGUAUAAUGACUUGCAAAGAACUUAGACAACGCAGACUGCAUUUAUGUCUUAUCUAUAGGAUUUUUUUUCCAAUCUUGACAGCCAUCGUAGAGCUCUUAUUAACAGCAUCUACACACUGUAUUGCCCUUGUAACCAAAGAUGCUAAUGAGUGUAUCCGAACUAGCUUCUCCUAAGAGCAGAUUACUGUGCUAAUGCGUGUGAGAUAUUUUUGAAUGUAGACAGAAAGGACAAAUGUGGUUGGCAGCGGUAUGUUUGUCUCUUUUGUGGUAAAAGAAAUUGAACACAUCUUUAGAAGUAGCACAAGUGAUCCAUCUUUGGGGCUGAACUUGAGAGGGCUAUUGUUAGAGGUUCCUGUGACCAUGCUGAAGACUGCCAUAUCUCAGGAGUUUCUAUUGACAUUUAUUUUUUUUUCUGAAUUACUUGAAAAGGCCAAUGUGUGUGGUCAAAAUUUUAUAGUGAGGAUAUUAACAAUUUCCUGUUUUUAUCUAGGAAAGAAGCAAAAGGGAAAUGGGAAAACGUACAUAAAAUCUGUGCUUUGAAUUAAUACUCGCAUUAGAUAAUUAAUUAUUUGAUUCAGCUAAAUUUUAUGUGAUGAACACUUUUGGAACAGAAUGAAAUUUAUAAAUAGAAGUUUAUUUUUAUGUUCUGAAACUUGUGGGUUUUAAGAAUUGACUUUUAUGUAAAGAUGCUGUUGACUAUCAUAAAAUUGAAGGUCCCCCACAGUAAUUCCAAGUAUUUCUUUUUCUUUUUUUUUUAAUGGCUAUUAGGAGCUAAAUGCCAAAUUAGAAAUUAAAUUUAACCAGAAGUUAAUAAAAUUAGAUAUUAAAAUCCUCAACAAGUAUUUCCUCAUUUGGACAUAAAGUAUACCCAUGGUCUCAUGCUUGGAAGUAAAAAGCUACGAUUUUGCUAUCUGCUAUUCCCUUCUGCCUCUCUUUUUGUCUUUUUGAAUUGUGGAUCAAACCCAGGGCCUUGUGCAUGCUAGGUGGGUGCUCUGCCGACUGAGCUACAUCUCUAGCCCAUUGCUGGCAAUAAAAAUACAAAACAAAACAAGAUUGUCAGUUUUCGUUGACUUCAUCUUCUUAAUAUUAAAUGAUUUAGGAUCAUUUAAUAAGUACUCUACUUUUUGGAUUGUGAGAGGUUACAAUUUAGUUUUAGCUGUCCCUAAAUAGACAUGUAAAGACAUUGGAUGGCUUUGGAGAUGAAGACUGAUGUUUAAAAUGUGAAAAGUAUACACCCUUAGAAGAAUAAAGAAUUUGGGUUUAAAAAAUUU